UUUUGAUGAGGAGGUAGAAAACAUAUUCACCUUAGAUCUCGAAGUUGAAGUAAAAUUUAGGGUUUAUUCAAGCUCCAUCAUUCUGUGAUUGUAUUGUGAUUCAUCUGUGGAGUGUUUAAACCCUGUCCACAGAGACUUUUAAGCUCAUAAGAUAUCCGACUGCCUCACAUGACCGGCACGCAUGCAGAUGUCCCUUUAUUUAAGAAAUGGAUCUCAAAUUGACUAGAUUGAUUUUGUCCCCUUUUUGUAUUUAAUAGCGGGUCGGAUGGCAGCUCUUUUAAUGUGCAAAUGAGAACCAAUGAGGACAGACUCCUAAAUUCAGUUCAGACACUCAGCUGACAAGGGCCACGUCACUGCCGGCUUUAGCCAAUCACAUCCCACCGAGCCCCUCCACUUUCCCAGGCACGCUCUCAAAGUUUUGACUUUUUGCAGCAAAAGACAGCAGGUUGAUGAAAAUGUUUUAUUAUCUUCCAGAUCUUCAUGUGAACUACCCAGAAAGUCUCUCUUUUUAUAUAUAGAUUUCAAAAACAUUCUCAUUGAAAGGACUCCGCUCUGUUGUAUAAUGCCAUACUUGCAAGAACUGAAAGAAGGGAAUGGAUUUUGCCAGAGGAGAUGGGUAUGAAGCUUCGGUAUACCUGACUGGGAUUUUUUUUAGAGAAAAGAUUGUUUUUCUCAAGGCUUGAGUAUUUUCCCCCCUUUCUCUCCGUCAUUCACUCUUCUACAUUUGUUUUUACGUUUUGCUCGGGUCUCCACCGUCUUGCUUCUUGCGCAAUAUUUAAUUAAAGUUUUAGAUUCUUGGUAAUGUUAGCGGUGGGGCAAAUGGACGGGUCUCGCCAGAGCGCUUUUCUACUCAAUACCCCACCUUUGGCUGCUCUACACAGUAUGACCGAAAUGAAGACUCCACUUUACCCAGCCUACCCGUUAUCUUCCACUGGACCAGCAUCCUCCACUUCACCGACAGCUACCUCUCCGAAUCCAGGUGGUAUCCCGGUCUCGUCCCCGGGGAUCAAAACAUCCACUGCACUUUCGACUCUCGGUGCUCAGUACUCAAUCGCCACACCUCACGGAAUAAACGACAUCCUCAGUCGACCCUCGGUGGUCACCGGAGCGGCGGCGGCAUCUUCUCCCGCUGGAAUCUUGUCUGGACUGCCCCGUUUCAGCAGCCUGAGUCCUCCGCCGCCUCCAGGGCUGUAUUUCAGCCCCAGUGCCGCGGCCGUGGCGGUGGCUCGCUAUCCGAAACCUCUGACAGACCUUCCAGGCAGAACCCCGAUAUUCUGGCCUGGAGUUAUGCAAAGCCCACACUGGAGAGACGCCAGAUUCGCAUGUUCGCCACAUCAAAACUCAGUGCUCCUGGACAAAGAUGGGAAAAGGAAACACACGCGACCAACGUUUUCUGGGCAGCAAAUAUUUGCCCUGGAAAAAACAUUUGAGCAAACGAAAUAUUUAGCUGGACCUGAGAGAGCGCGGUUGGCCUACUCUUUAGGAAUGACAGAGAGCCAAGUCAAGGUGUGGUUUCAAAACCGAAGAACAAAAUGGAGAAAACGGCACGCGGCUGAAAUGGCCUCGGCGAAGAAAAAACAAGAUUCAGAGACCGAAAGGCUGAAAGGGGCUUCGGAAAAUGAAGAGGACGACGACGACUACAACAAACCUUUAGAUCCAAACUCGGACGAUGAAAAAAUAACGCAGUUACUGAAAAAACACAAACCAAAUUCAGCUCUUAUCAUUCACACGUCGGAAAACGAGAGCUCGUAAAAUGGAAACGGAAAAUGGGUUGUCAAAGCCUUCAAGAAAUGUCAAAAAAUAAUGUAGGCUACUGUUUUUUCACCAAGUUUGGGCUCUGGUUUGAGAGGAAGGAUGCAAAUCAGAGGAAUAUGCACUAUUGGUGGAGCUGAAGGUGCAUCUGUGUCUGCAAUAGACACGUUUCAACAUAUAGACAACGGUACUUUUUUUGUAAAUUAACGGCGUGAGUUGUAUCGCAUAGGAAUUAUAUUACUGUGAAUAUUUAUGUGUAAAAUAUUUUGAAUAGUAAACAUGCCAGAAUUCGUUCAUUUCGCUUCAGUUUAAUUUUUGGUUUAGGCUUUGUGAUUUGCAUUUUCAUAUCAUUAAUUUGUAUAGGGCUAGGUGCUGAUCACCCUGAGUUAUUUUUAUUUUUUUUUCUAUGGGUGUAAGUGGCCUCAGCUCAUUGAUUCUUAAAAAUAAUCACCAAUGGAGAAUAAUUUUCAGAAUUUACCACUAAAGGUAAAAUACAUCUGAGCGACAGCCUAAAUUGAGGCUCAGUCAAGAGAUUGGUCUGGCCAUAACACGUGUAAAUAAACAAACACCUAACCAUAUAUUUGUAAUAUAAUGCAUAGUGUUCGUUUCCCAAUGUUAGGAUGUUUCUUUUAUUUUUUUUCAUGAUUAAUUUAUAAUAUUUUAAGUUUGUAAUAGUGUUUGAAUCCUGCAAAAUGUGCCUUGCAGGUUCGUGUGUAUUGCACUUUUAUUUAAUAAAAUGUUAAGCAUAUGGGAUAUUUUUCUUUUUGUUAUUAUUAAAUCGAAUAUAAA